CUUGGUUCAGCUACAACAUUCUCAAAUUGGUUGUAAACUUCGUCCUUUCCUGCAAAAAGAAGUACUAUCCACAGUCAGGAUUUAGUGUGUAUAUGAUAUUUGCUUCAUUGUGUGGUUAAUGCAAUGUACAUAUUGCCACUGACUGCUUUUGUUUGUCGCAAACCGGCAAUGCUUGUAACAGUGUUAUAAAUAGCGCUCGCCUCAGCGCUAAUAGCGUGAGGCGAUGCGAUGCGAGCAGCCUGCGCUAUUUUGGCUCUGUUGCGUUGCGAUUGUAAAAGGUGAGCGCCUCUGCUUGUGUAGCGAGAGGCGAGCUGUGGCGUCUGCUUUUUGAAAAAAAGAAAGAAAAAGGCGCAGAUUAGGGCUUAAAACAUUAGGGCUUGCAGUAAUUUCACGUUUCUUUCUUCUUCAACCUUCAAACAACAGAGCACCCAAGUCCACCCAGCCCAGGUAAGCUUCUUUUCUUCUUUCUCCUCUCUUUCUUUCUUCCUUUUCUUUCUUCUUCUCUUCUUCUUUCUAUUUUUUUGUUUUGUUUUUGUCGAGCAACAGUGCAGAACAAAGAGUCUGUCUGUUGCUCUGGUUUUUUUUCGUUUUUCUUUUCUUCUGAUCUUCUCUUCUUCUUUCUAUUUUUUUUGCUCUGUUUUUUGUCGAGCAACAGUGCAGCAAAAAAAGGACAGAGAGUCUGUUUGUGCUCUGUUUUUUUUUUUCGUUCUUCUUCUCUUCUUCUUUUUUUGUUGCUCUGUUUUUUAUUGAGCAGCAGUACUGCACCCUGUUUUUGCAGAGGCAGAGGCAGAGAACUUCUUCGAAACUUCAAACCUAAAAUUUCCUCCUUUUUCAGUUAUAGAGUAGAAUUAAUUGCAUAUUGUGAAUUGAUAUAUUUAUUAAUAUAUUAUUGUUAUUGAGUUUUUAGUUAUAUAUAUAAUAUUUUAUUUUUUUGUAUAAAUUAUCGCUUCACAUAAAGAAUGCAAGCGCUUCGCUGCGCGCCUCUCGCCUUAGUGAAGCGGGCUCUCGUCGCUAUUUGUCGCCGCACGCUAUCCAAAACACUGGCUUGUAAGAUAGAUGCAUAACCCACUUUUUGUUUUUAAGUGAUUUAAAUAUUUGAAACUUUUUAGCUUAUCAAUAUUUUUCUCUAGCUCUCUUCCCUGAGCAGGUCACAGCACCAUGUCCUUCACUUGAGUAGCAAUGUAGCUGUUUGCCCCUCUGGAGUGUGAGUUCACCUGCCUAAUGUCUACUUAGUCACCACUAUUCUAGUGCUGUAGGGUCUGCUGUCACAUCCGUGUUAACAUAUCACUAUUCGUAAUUCAUUAGCUUUUUAGGAUGCACUCUUUAGUCUGCCUUUCACUUUUAGAAUGUUAUUGCCCAUGUUAACUACCUUCUCUUUUCUUCCAUUUACUCUAAAAUUUCACUAAUAAACACCAAGUUGGUAUCAAGAAGUAUGUGCAAGUUGUGUAUAUGACUCAACCUUAGUCAUUUACAGGCACUUAUCAAGUUUGUUCAGCUACAUAUACUAACGUUCCCCGUCAAGCUUCUGAAACCAUGUUGACUACUCAAAGAAUGUGUUUCAGUAACUUGAUUCUCAAUCUCUCUAAUUUAGAAGUAAUUGAUACAAUUAAGUUGACUAAAAUUGGAGUUACAAAUUCUAGGUUAACUCCUCAAGUAUCUUACCCUAUCCCAAUUUGUUCGUUGCUCUCUCUUUCAGGUUUUUGACUUAUCUCUCAGCCAUAUGUGAGGAUGAUGUUCAGGGGAAGAAGCUAAUACAUGCAGCCAUCAAUCCGCUGUUUUGCGUUCCGGUUUCUGGAAGUUCUGAAAAUGAUAAUUCUGUGGAGAACUAUAGUGAAACUAGAGAUGCAAAACCUGCUUUACUUUGGAGUGUCUUGUAUACUCAAGAGCUUACUAAGUGAUGUUUAGGUCGGUGCAUGUAUACCGGACAGAAGGAGGAAAAGAAGAAAUGGAAGAGAGGGAAUAUUUGUUUCAUGAAACUAGUAACUUUGAGGAAACUGGGUUUGCUCCAGUUAUCACAUUGCACAAAUUUGACGUCUCUGCUCAGUUUGUAGGGAUUGAAAAUGGUGUAUGGAAAUGCAUGUUUGUGUAUGACUCCGGCCGCCAUCAAUCCACCAGUACUAAUGCUAGUCCUGAGUGGCUUUCGUUUGCUGAAAACCCUAAGAUGGAUUUUAUUCCAACAUUAGCCAAUGAUCUGCGUGCUAUAUCUGAGUUAGCACUAAAUGUCGAAUUCAGGGAUUCGUCGGGAAGGUCAAGCACCGAGGAAAGUGGAGGUAACAAUAUUAAAAGCAAUCAGCCAGACGUGAAACGCCGCGUGCCCUUUCUGGAUCUUAACUCUCUCCCUUAUUCAGACUCGGACAUUGAAGAAAAUGACCAAAAUGCGUCAGAGAACAAGAAACGGAGGGCGGCAACCAAAGACAUAGCAAGACUCGCUUUGGAAGAUCUUGCCAAGUACUUUGACCUUCCAAUUGUGGAGGCUUCAAAAAGUUUGAAGGUUGGACUUACAGUACUCAAAAAGAAAUGCAGAGAGUUCGGCAUCCCUCGAUGGCCACAUAGGAAGAUCAAGUCUCUAGACAGUCUCAUACAUGAUCUCCAGGAAGAGAUGCAACGACAACAGGAGGAAGACGAGUUAGCAGCUAUCGCAGUGGAAGAGAGAAAAAGAAGGAUAGAAUAUGAAAGAGAAAGCAUAGAAAAGAAGCCUUUCAUGGACAUACAGAAGGAAACUAAAAAGUUUAGACAAGAUAUCUUCAAGAGAAGAUAUAAAGCUAGAGUUCUUGAGAACCAAUGUCGAACGUGACCACUGUUCUAGUGUAUCGAACAUUAGAUAGUUAAAGGAGCAUCGGAGAAAAUGUAAGUAGACAUUAGCUAGCUAGCCUUUUCACAGAGAUGGCAAUCCUUCCCAUCAUUUUCCACUUCCCUGGUGGCGCAUUUUUGUUAUUCUUCGACUCAGCGUCCUAUUCUGAGGGUGUUUAAAUGAACAGCUUGAUCAAGUUAUUCAUAGGACAAUCUGGGAUUGGUUUUUCAACUGGUGGUUUUGUUGCCACAAGCUACGCUUAUUGACUAACUGUUGAAGCCUUGUUUUGUUGUCAAUUCAGCAUAGAAUUUAAACACUGUUGGCAGCAAGGAGGUUGAUUGUUCUGAUUUGAUUGUAAUUCAAUUUAUAUAAUCGUUAUUUCAU